ACGAUUUGGAUGAUGGGGUAUUAAUUAUAAUAAUUUAAAACAGUGAGGGGAAAAAAAUAGAACAAAUUACAUGCCACCAUAUAGCACAUUUAUGAACGCAGCAAAAGAAACUGCUUCUCCACCCGAAACCGAAAUUCAUUCAGUUUUCUGCAUUCAAUUCUACCUUUAACAUUCCUUGCCCCAAAAAAAAAAAAAAAAACAGAAACGAAUUUUACCACCUCAAUUAAAAAAACAACAAAAGAUGAACCCAAACAUUGUUUCCAUGUUUUCUCUCGCAUUCUUGUUCUUGAUCUCAACUCAGAUAUGGAUGAUCAACGCCGCAGGUGGCGCUGUUCAAGGCGGCGGCGGCGGUGGAGGAGGGCGGAAGACAGCCGAUACGUCAUCACCGCCUCCGGCGAGCGAGGGUAGCGGUUCAGCUCACGGCCCGAACUGGGACGCCAACUGGGGAUGGGGUUCAACCCCUGGCGGUGGUCAAUGGAGUUACGGCGCGGCUGCUACCCGCUCACCGGGUGGCAGCGGCGGUUCUGGCUUCGGUUUCGGUUGGGGCGGCGGUGGCGGUGGCGGUGGCGCUGUUGGCGGUUUCGGCGGCGUGGGGAACUGGGCAGAUUUUUUGAACGCUUUGGGGGGCGGAGGUGUUUCUGAUAUUGAUCCCAAUACUGAUUAUGUAGAUGGCGCUGGAAAUGAUAAUACUCCUAAUCGACGGUUGAAAAUCGCCGGCUGAUUUUGUUACAAAUUCAUACAACUUAUAUAUUGUUUCUGAAAAAGCUUCCCACUGUGAAAAUAUCAUAUACUUAUAUUAAUAAUUUAUUUAUUAUUGAAUAAAAGCUAGAAUAUCCAUGGGUGUAUAUCGAGAAAUUGCUUGUAAGCUGUUUUUUUUUUUGAAUCAUGAUGAUCGAUGAACAAUGGUCUGGAGUUUGUAUAUAGAAAAAUAAAAGUGACUUUUCACGCGCAUCA